AUGGAAGAACUUAAAGAAUAUACUAAUGACGUACUCUAUGAAAAUUAUCGAUCCGAAAAACUUGUUACUAUGGGUGUGCAACAAGAUCAAACCGUUUUCAAGGAAGUAAAUCCACUCGCCAAGAUGGAAGAAGAACGACAACUUCAUGAGGCUAAGCUACAAAAGAUGGAAGCAGAAAUGAAAAUGGUAUUCCAACAAAAAGUCCAGGAGAAAGAGGCUAAAUUGAAACAAUCCGAAGAAGAACUAUAUGCCCGUCAUAAGGAGAUGAAGGAUGCCCUGGAGAAACAACGUCUAGAAUUAGAAGAAAAAAAGAGACGAUUGGAGUCGGGUAGACCAAUUACCCCCGAAAAGGCAAAGAAAAAAGGAUUCUCGUUUAAUAACAAAUAA